UCAGUCGCCGCUCAAGAGAUGUUCAGGCAGGGUCUUCUGCUCUCCCUCUCCUCUGCCUUUUUAAUCAGUGUAUGCUCGUACGGCGCCAAAAGCUGCCAGGUCCCCGUCGGGGAGCUGAGCUUCGUCAUGUACUGCAUGCUCUUCCUGUUCAGCCUGCCGGUCGCUCUGUUGAACAAGGACCCAGCUUUCCCGGGAAAGAAAUUGCCAGCCCUGUGGGGACGGUCGUUGUGCAGUGCACCGGUCGUCUUGGUGUCCAAUCUUGCGACCAGGAUGAUGCCGCUCGCCGACGAGGCUCUCCUCGCCUACACCUCCAUCGCCUUCACAGUCAUAUCCGCCAGAUUCUUUCUUGGAGAAUCUUGUAAGAUAGAAAAAGUGAUUUCAACGUGCAGUGUUCUCCUAGGAGUUGUCAUGAUAACCGGCCGGCCGGUUGGUAAUUAUCCCGAUUACGUCUACGGAUGUUUCCUGUCUUUCCUUGGCGCUUUCUGCGAUGCUGGAUCGUAUAUAUUUCUCAAAAAACUCACUAGUCUGCAUUAUUCGGUGAUCAUAUUGAAUUACAGUCUGUCCAGUAUGUUUUUGACGUUUCCAUUCUUCUUUUUCGAAAAAUGGACUUUGGACGUUUCGGCGGCGUGGAUACCGUUUUUGGCGACUGUGCAAGAACUUCUAGUGACUCUCGCUCUCGCGACCGAACAAGCCGGCGUGGUGUGUCUCGUACACGCGUCUGACAUUGUUUUCUCUUAUAUGUGGGAAAUACUGUUCUACAACGAGGAUUACACACCCCUGAGGAUAUCUGGUACCAUCUUGAUCACCGCUUCCGUCGCGUACACUGCGAUCGUCACAGAGGCAGAUGAUAAACCUCUCAAACCUCUUCCUCCUCCUGAGUUGAUUUAGCGCAAAAGAUGAUAGUUUCAGUUCAAGAACGAUGAUAUCAGCCUCUGAUUGGAUGGAAAAAAAUUUCCCUUGACGAAACUGCUUAAGCGAAAUUUCCCCCAGCGAAGGAAAUUGGAAAACUUGAUGCCCGUUCCGAACGGACUUGAGAUGUUCGUACUUCGUACAUCAGCCUAAGCGCUGCGUCAAUUAGACUUUAUUUCCAAAAAAGCGAUUUUACCGUAUUUGUCUAUUAUUUAUUUAUUGUGUUAAAAAACUUGUUUAUAAAAUAAUUUAUGUAUCAAAAAAUUGUUAAUUGCCAAAGAAAAUUGUUCCGAAAUGUGAUUGAUCUUUGAAUUGAACGUUUACGAGACACCGCCUGAUUGUAUUAUUAGAAAAAUAAAUAAAUUUAUUUUUGUUUUAUUA